GCAAAAUGGGAAGCCCACCUGCAGCGGAGACUUUAUCCAAUCCCAUUGUGGCAGCUCAGCUCAGCAAGACGAAGUGGUGCAUCCAAUUUCAGAGGGGAGCCUGCAAAGAGCGGAGAUGCCGCUUCGCGCAUUCUUGGCAUGAGCUCCGGACGCCACCGGAUCUGGCGAAGACAGCCAUCUGUCGUGCGUUCUUGCGUGGACAGUGUGCAGAGGCCGACUGUAGAUUCGCACACGGAGACGAGGAGCUCCGCGUCAGCCCCUGCGUGUACAAGACGCAGCUUUGCAACUUCUUCACGCGGGGGCACUGCAAGAAGGGCGAGCGCUGUCGGCACGCUCACGGCCUCAAAGAGCUGCGAAAGUUCCAGGAUGGUGCUUCAGUUGAUGCGAUGGCAGGGCACACGCCCGGGCUGAUUGGCAAAGAUACCGAGGGAGAUUCUCAUGACUACUUCAGCACCCCGAAGAAGGAGACGGUUCGCGCUCCGCCAGGGCUGCAUCGUACACCGCUCCAGGAUGUGUCCAAUCGGAUCAUCUCGGGAGACUCCCCGGACAUCUUCAAAACGCCGAAGAAGGCAAUCAAAGAAGAUGUGCUGAUUUCGCCUGCAAUUAUGCCCAUGAAGGUUCCCAUGCCGGGCCAGACCCCUGUGACUGGAUUGCCAGGCAGCGAUAGUCCAGCACUUUCAUGGCCGGAUGAGGAUGCAGUGAACCCUGACCUCAGCAGUGAGCAGCUUGCAGCUGCAGCUGCCGCUGCGGCGAUCUCCGCUCAAGAGCACACUGCAGCGGCAAACGCAUUGCAGGGCUGCGCGACUGCCCUCGUGAUGGCACAGGCCGCUGUUCAACGAGGAAGUCCAGUGGACUACCAGACCCUGCUGUCCCUCCUCUCGAAGCAGAACGACUUGGUUGGCCGAGAUCCUGAAGGAGGCUUGCCAGAGCCAGUGCCUGCCCCACCCUUGCCCAAGAGCCGGCAAAGCAAAAGCUGGGUUGUGUAG